CAAUCACAGGCGGCGGGGGGCGGGAUCGCGGCAGCGGUGUUCGGGCGGUCCGCUUGUGUGCAGUGUGUGAAUGUGGCAGCCGCAGGGAGGGGCGCGCUGUUUAUUUCAUUAUUAAAAGUGUUUUCUGACUGAAGUUAAAGUGAUUUCUAACGGAGGAUAUACAUCUGCUCCUCCGCGCGACGCGCGCCGCUCCUGUCCGCGCUCUUUGUGCCGUUUCAUCGCUGGACGGAGAGGAUCAUGGGGCCGUGAACAUGUUGGAAUAAUCGAUCAAAAGACUCCUUUGCUGAACAGAUUUAUAUUUAUUUAUUCUUUAGCUUCGCGGAUGAAUGAAACGCCCCGUCAGGAUGGAGCAGGUGAAUAUCCUGAAGAGAUUCAUUGAAGCUUUAAGAAGCGGCGAGCAGAAAGCAGAAGAGAACUUCAGCUCGGACUUCAUGAGAUUACGCCGAUUAUCAACCAAAUACAGAACAGAGAAGAUCUACCCCACUAAUGUUGGAGAGCAGGAGGACAACGUGAAGAAAAACCGCUAUAAAGACAUUCUGCCAUUUGACCACAGUCGGGUGAAGUUGACGUUAAAGACAUCCAACCAAGACACUGAUUACAUCAAUGCAAACUUCAUCAAGGGGAUCGGGGGGCCUGAGGCCUACAUAGCCACUCAGGGGCCACUGCCCAACACCGUGCUGGACUUCUGGAGGAUGAUUUGGGAGUACAAGGUCGCGGUCAUCGUGAUGGCAUGUCGAGAGUUUGAGAUGGGACGGAAAAAGUGUGAGCGUUACUUCCCCCUGUUUGGAGAUGAGCCUGUGAUGUUUGGCCCCUUCAGGAUCUCCUGUGAGUCUGAGCAGCCAAGGACAGAUUAUUUUAUACGCACACUAUCAGUGGAGUUUGAUCACGAAACCCGGCGAAUGACGCAGUUCCAUUACGUGAACUGGCCCGAUCACGACGUCCCUUCAUCGUUCGAUUCAAUAUUGGACAUGAUCGCCCUGAUGAGGGAAUACCAGGAGCAUGACGACAUUCCCAUCUGUGUCCACUGCAGUGCUGGCUGUGGACGCACAGGAGCCAUCUGUGCAAUCGACUACACGUGGAACCUCCUGAAAGCUGGGAGAAUUCCUGAAGAUUUUAACGUUUUCCAGCUGAUUCAGGAGAUGAGGACACAGCGGCAUUCAGCAGUUCAGACCAAAGAGCAGUACGAGCUGGUUCACCGAGCGAUCGCACAGCUCUUCCAGAAACAGCUGAUGCUUUUAGAGAGUCCAACAAACUCUGAGCUCACAGACGGGAUGGAAGAGGGCAGCCCAGAAAAAUCCAGUCAGAAUUCAGAUGAGGAGAGAUGGGACACGCCCCCUCCUAAACCGCCCCGGAUCCGCAGUAAUCAGGCUGAGGGGGACGUGAAGGAGGAGAUUCUGCAGCCUCCAGAGCCGCGGCCCGUUCCACCCAUCCUCACGCCAUCUCCACCCUCGGCCUUCCCUACGGUCACAAACGUGCGGCAGGACAACGACCGCUACCAUCCCAAACCCAUCCUGCAUGUGUUGGCGUCAGACCAGAACCCUGACCUCAACGAGAACUACAAUAAACCCGGACCGACCGCCCCAGCGCCGCCCCCCCCAGACGGGCCGGACCACCGCCUGGAGCCCAAGCUGAGCAUCGAGAUCAAGAAGGUGCCGCUGCAGGAGGGUCCUCGCAGCUUCGAGAGGAACAGUGUGUUGCAGCGGUCGCAUGCAUUCAAGCGCUCCAACACCAGCAGCAGCUCCAUGUCCGAGGAGUCCGACGAGCCUCCGAGACCCAACCACCUGCCGCUGAAGGAGGAGAAGGGUCAGGCCGCCUGGUCCCUGCCCAGUCCUGACCGAUCGCCCAGUCCUGUGACCCCAGCUGCUCCCGUCAGGACCGCUCUGAGCUUCACCAACCCACUGCACUCAGACUUCAGUGACACAGACGCUCACUCCAGCACCAGCACUGUGUCAGCGGGUCAGAGCCAACACAUCCCCCGCAGGGUCACACCGAUGUCCAUCGCCGACCAGAGUCUCCACACACACUCCUCAUCCAACUGUGACGACAGUGAAGAUUUGCCCCCGCCUGUUCCUGAGCGAACUGCGGAGUCCUUCCUAAUGGCCACAGACCCCACAGAUGUGAAUCCGCCGCCGGCCGAAGACGAGCCGUCGUCACAGGCGUCUGCAGACACACAAACUCCUGCUCGUCCUCCGAAGACCGAAGAUGAGCAGAAGAACGGAAAGGGUGUGGAUUCGAAGGACAGUAGAGCCGAGCAUGAGAUGGGAUUCAGCAGCCGUGGCUCGCAUCCCAAAGGCCCCCGGGAGCCUCCGUCUGAGUGGACGUGACCGCGGCACCCAUCCGCUCUACACUCCACACUCCUCUUUCUGCUCUGUAAGUGCCACUGUAGACGGACGGUCCAGGACUCUGCGCCCUCUUCUCUGAAUUACACAAUCAGUAAAGCUACAAAGAUAAUCUCCCAUGAUGCACCUGUGCAGCCGCUGCUGUAGGACCAGAACCCGGCCUUACUCUCACUCCUGCUGCGCGGCUGGACCAGGAUCUGUUUGUUACUCGCACCUCUUCUGCAGUAGUUUAGACUGGGAUCAGACGGACGAGGGCCUCGUUAGCGGUGUCCAGGGCGAGCCGUAAAUAAUGAUGCAAACGUAUUAUCACUGAAUAUAUUAAUGCCAUGUAAGACGUUUGUGCAUGAAAGCGUCGCGUGUACCUCAAACUGUAAGUUAUUUGCCCUCCUGUUAGAACAAAGGUUUUCAGUGUUGUGUUUUCUUUUCUCCUCGUUUCUUUGCGUUGUUCGGCCGCUGCGAAUCAGACGCUUCACGAGACGCUGCAGGCUGGAGAUUGUGAUGAUGCUUUUUGUAAAUUGUAUUCUAGAGGUUAUUUUUGUAUAUGUCAUUUUCUCACUUCAUGAAAAAAACACCCCAACAGCUCGCCCGUGCCUUUUUUUUGUUACUGUGUGUGUUUAAGACGCAGAGAGAGAAUGUGUGCGAGCUGCACUAACCUCUGGGAUUUUACUCGACCUUCCAACACAGACCUGUCAAUCAAUCAAUCAACAUGUCAGUAAAAACAUUAGGAGGAA